AUGCAGAACUAUUUGGAUUGCCCUCAAAUUCUGGAGGAAAUUCUACAAAAGUUACCCUACAACAUGCAGCUUUCAUGGGGUGAAAAAGUACUUGAGAAGAAUGGUAAGAGCACUUUACAAGAAUUUAAAAAGUGGCUGUGGAGAACGUUGGAAGCAGCAAGCUACGCUCAAUCUAUGAAUGUGGGUAAGCCUUCUACAAAUCAGGCAUCUGAUAAGUUCUCUCAAAAUCAGCCUCAUAAAGAGAGAUUCAAAACAACUCUUGUUACUUCUCAAGAGAAGAGUACUUCAGUUCGCAAAUGUAUCAUGUGUGAAGAGAAACAUAUAAUAGAUAAAUGCAAAACUUUUUUGGAUCUCUCGAUAGACAAAAAAUGGGAUUUCGUAAAAAGUAAUGGUAUAUGUUUUUCUUGUUUGGGAACAUCUCACAGAAUAAAAUUUUGUCGUAACAAAAAGAAAUGUGGGGUAAACAACUGUGAAAAAAUACAUCAUAAAAGUCUUCAUAAUGACGCAUUUGAUAAAAAUAAGGAGAAAAAUGAUACUGUUAGUCUAGAAAUAGUUGCUCAUACCACAAAAUCAUUCAGUACAGAAAUUUUAUUGAAAAUCGCUCCGGUUAUAAUAAGAUCUUCUCAGAAUGAACUUGAAAUUUAUGCAUUAUUUGACGAAGCUUCAACGGAAACUCUUCUUGAUCAAGAUUCGGCAGACAAGAUGAACCUCGUUGGCGAAGAAACAGAAUAA